GUAUGUGCAAAUCCAUUAAUGGCCAAGACCAACCAAAGAAAAGUAAAUAAUACCAAAAAAUUGAAUGUGAUUAAAGAAAAUUAGUACUUGAUAUGCUGUAUAAUGAAAAGUUAUCGCUACAAGAGGUAUAAAGCAUCAUUAUUCUCAUUUCUUGUCUUCUAUAUCCUUACAUAUAUAUAUAUUGUUGCUUUAUCAAUCAAUAUCUCUUUAGGUGGCUAACAAACUGUAAUUGAAGUAUUGUACAGUACGAACAAUUUAGAAAACAUAUGAGAAAGAUGGUCGUAUAGGAAAAAAAGAAACUAGAAAAAAGAAGUUAAAGGUUCAGAGCAUACUAAAAAUUAGUGUUAUAAAUCCAUUCACUAUGGAAGUCUAACCUUUAAGUGUCUAAUCUGAUAUUCAUCAGGUAUUUUAUAAUUAGUUUAUAUUUAGAUAUAUGUUGACAAACAGCCAUCGCUACUUGAUCAAAUAGCAUUAGCAAACCAAUAACAAUCAAUUUUGUAAUCUUAAUGCAUCAAAUUUACUACAGAGCUUUCAUCUCGCAUGAAUCAACCCAAUUUUGUGUAUUAAUCAACCAUUCAAAACAUGCUACUCUCAUCCUAAUAUGUAUUUAAAUCAAUCCUCGAUUUAAAACCUUAAGGAUAAAUCAAAUAAGAAUUUUGUUCACUUUCCUAACCACUGCCAUAAUAUUUUUACUCAUAACAACAAUAUCAACAUCAGUUUUACCCAAUACCAUACAAUUAACUAAGAACUUGAC